AUGGCUAAACCUCGCCAAGUUUCCUUUUUCGCAGAUAUUCUGCACUCUGCCAUCGACGGGCAUCCCGCACUCGCCACUGUGAGCCUAAGCACUCAGAUGGAAGCCAUGGAUCAAACCCCGAUGGCUGUCUCGUUGCCCAACUCGGAGCAGGUUUACAUGAAGAAUGCACUCGGCGAAACUUAUCUCGUCCAAAUUUCCUGGCCAUUAAGCUGGCCGAAUGGACGUUUCUUUGGGGGCUCGGCCCCCAUCAUAUACAUUGUCGACGGAAAUGCCCUGUUUUUGACAGCAACCGAGGCAGCUUGGCGCCGGGCAGCUGAGUCGCGAUUUGUGGGAGGCGUCGUGGUUGCCAUUGGAUACCCCUUGAGUGGGAAGGUGUAUGAUUCCAAGCGACGCAGCCUCGAUUUGACGCCGCCAACAGUGAAUCCGAUUCCUGGAUUCGGAGGGGCGGAUUCAUUUCUUGAUUUUAUUGAGGGUAUCGUCAAGCCCCACGUCCGAGCGCGCUUUCCGCAAAUCUCCAUCGCCAGAGAAGCUCUAUACGGGCAUUCUUAUGGCGGACUUCUAGCGUUACACACGUUGUUUAACCGCACUCGGCUGUUUGACUGCUACAUUGCGAGUAGUCCCUCUGUUUGGUGGAAUGAUCAUUGCAUCUUGGAGACAGCAAAGACAUUUCUCCAACAAGACAAACGGCCCGACACAAAUCUGCCCUCCCUUAUAGUUUUCUGGGGCUCACUCGAGCAGUACCCCUACCAGUGGGGCGAUGAGUCUCUUGACCAGUUCGAAGCUCGGCAGCACAUCGCGUCUAUAUUCCGAACCACGGAGAAUUCGAUUCAGAUAUGCGAGAUGUUACGAGGGUCUCCACAUUUGAAUGCUGUCCUGAUGAAUGAGUUUGAAGGUGAAGAGCACACGAGUGUGAUGGCAUGCUCCAUGACUCGGGGCUUGACCGAGUUCCUCGAGAAUUGGCCUUUCAAAGGAUGA